AUGUUGAAUGGUAUAAUUUUGUGUGGUUGGGAAGGCAGUAUUGUAGGGUAUGUCAAAAAAAGUGUGGGGCUGGAGAAAUCUGGGUUGGUAAGCUGCAAAAAUUCUCAUUGCAGUAGUAGCAGUAGGGGGAAGGUGGGAAUAAAUAAAGGUGAAUGUGUAAGACCUGAUGAGCUUGCAGCUGAUUGGGUGGGUGACAGCAGAUUUCGGUGGUUUCUUUUGAGCAUGUUGCAGCAACUGCAUAAUGCAGCCUUAUUGGAUGUAGAUGUAGUAUUUAAAAUGAAAGAAACAUAUUUUUCAAUAGUUCCUUCCUCAUUCCUUCAAGUCGCUUUCUCUUUUGCUAUAAGAUAUGGCUGUAGCUUUUACAUCUUGAUUGAUAAGUUUUUCCAGAAAGAAAUCAAUGUAAGGGAAAGUUCUUAUCAAUUUAUUUAUUAA